AUGGCACACGACAACAGGUUCCCCCCGGGGCCCUAUCGCUCCUCUGCUUACGACGACCGCAUGUAUGACGAUCGAUAUUCAAGGUCUCGCUCCGUCGAGCGCGGACACUACGGCGGUACACGCUCCUCCCUGCAUGAAGAGAAGAAACAAAUUUUUGCAAUAUUCGAGCUUCUGGCUAAUGAAUUGAUGGGUUUUAUCACACAAAAGACCAUGCUCGGGACACUCCUCGAGGACCAGCCGGUCACCAUAGAAGACACGACUUCCCUGAAGAUCGAGACUACAGAGGCCGGUCACCUCCGCCACCACACCGCGGCGGCCGUCAAGCGGGCUAUAGAGAUCGCGACCGCGAGGGCUAUCGUUCCCCAGAUUACGACAGUCGCAGUCGCAGCCGCAGCCAUGGUCGAGGUCAUGGUCGAGACCGCGACCGUGAUCGCCAUCGUCCUGGCCAGGAAAGCCGAGAAACAAGAAGCUGAGAUGUGCAAAUCGCUGGGCGUGCCCCCCGUUGCACCCCGGUUGAUGAGUGGACAGAUCUCGAAUGAAUUAUUAGACUAUUAUCAUGUUCGAGGAUUGGAAGACGUCCGAGUCAUCCGUGAUAGACAGACAAAGUUAUCGCGCCAAAUAGGUUUUCUCCGCUUUCAUACUUUGAAUGACUCGAGAGAUUUCAUGGAUCAAAACGCACCUAUUCUCUACCUCUACGGACGAAAGCAUGGAAACGACGAUCGCGCUGCCAAAGUUCGCAUCGCAUACACUCGAGAAAGGGACGACCGUCGUGCAAGGCCGGAGGGCGAGUGGACUUGUAGAAAUUGCUCAUUUGACAAUUUCUCAACCCGCCAAAAAUGCUUUCGCUGUCAGGCAGACCGUGCUGAAGCGGAAAUGGCGCCUGAGGAAAUGCCGGCUCGUGUCGUCAACAUCGGAGACAACGACGUGGCUCCGGAUAACACUCCCUCCCAGUUCUUACUAUUCCGAGGAUUGGAUGGUUCUGCUACUGAAGAGGUGUUUUCCAAGGGAGUCACAAAACUAUACAAGCCUAGCGCCGAUGAUUCUCAGCACGCAGAAAAUGGCCCUAAAAAGUCAAAAGUUGUCUCUACCACUGGGAACUCGAAUCUAGGUGCUAGGGAAGGGUCUUUACGGCGAGUUCUGCUUGUUCGUGAUCGUCGGACGAAUGAAAGCUGGAAGUUCGGGUUCGCCGAAUUUGCUACUGUCGAGGAUGCACAAGCCGCUCUGACGAAGUUGAACGCCUUUGAAAAGUUUACAAUCGCUUCGAAGACAGUCCUAGCCAGCUAUAUCCACGCUGGUGUAUUCGUGCCUGUGAUCAAUCCCACCCCCAGCACAGCAAGAUUCACUUUCAGUCCGCUGAAUAACCCCGCAAUGAAACUCGCAUAUUGGGACGAAGAAGGCUAUGUCACGGAACUGCUAGUGUCAAAGGAAGAGCUGGACAAAAAGCCCAAGGCGGACUCAAAAGCUACGAAAGACGGUGAUAAAGCCAAAAAGAGAAAAGCAGAGGCUUCCGGCUCGGCGGGUGUGAAGAAGACAGCAAUGCCUUCGCAUCUCCAGUUCUGGUCUGAUCGACAUGCAGAAUUGCAUGGCAUCCAACGGAAGGACGACCACGACAAUGAAGAAUCGAACAAGGCGUCUGAAGGACGGCCUCCUAGUACUACGUCACCGGCAGCACCUCCGAGUCGAUCAUACGCCGACCCCAAUCGCAACUGCUGCUACCUGUGCAUGCGCCAAUUCAAGUCAGCGGCAGAAGUCAACCGACACGAACGGCUCAGUCAAUUACACCGUGAUAAUCUCAACAAUGAAGCGUUCAUAACAAGGGCAUUGGCAAAGCUCGAAAAACAUCGCAACGACCCACCCACCGCCGAAUAUCGGGAUCGCGCCAAAGAACGCCGCCACGCAUUUGGGAGUUCUCGACAAACCCAGAACAAAGCCAAGCCUGCUGCUGCUGUUGCCGUCAAGGAAGACGAGCCCACGACCAUUCCUGCCCAGUCUAAAGGCGCAGCUCUGCUGAGCAAAAUGGGCUGGUCUGCAGGGUCUGGGCUGGGUGCGCAGGGAACGGGUAUUUCAGCCCCUAUCGCCACCGAUGUAUAUGCACAGGGUGUUGGACUCGGGGCGCAAGGCGGCAAGCUCGGCGACGCAUCUGAAGAAGCAGCCCGAAACACGCGAGGUCGGUAUGACGAGUUUUUGCAGAAGACAAAGGAGUUGGCUAGAGAGAGAUACGAGCGGAUGUCCUAG